AUGAAUUUUAUCUGUUUUGCUGAUGACAUACAAGUUCUGAUUAAAUGCACUUGGAAAUAUAAUGAGACAGAAAGCAUUUUGGGAUUUAUAUUUGAAGUAUUUUCGUUCGGUGAAGUUGGCAAAAAUAUAUCUGAUGAUCCGGUCAAAAUUCAUUCCAUAUUCAUAAAGUCAACAAUGCAUGGUAUUGUAUUAUAUUCUAUAUCAAGUAUCACACAGUCUUAUUCUCUUCCUCUUAAGUCACCAAUGAUUGAACCCUAUCAUUAUUACAAAAUGUCAAUUUGUGCCAUGACAUCCGGUGGACAUGGUCCAAAGGCUUACUUUCCUAAUUUUGAUGACAAUAAAAACAUUCGCAGUCAUUUACCAGUCAAUAAUACGGUGGAAAAUUAUUGUUACUCCGGCACAGUUUUAUGCACACCACAAGGACCUCCUGAAUCUCCAUCCGAAUUAUUUUCAGAGUGGUUAUCGAGGGACACAAUUAAAUUAAAGUGGUUACAUCCAAAUCAUUUGAAUGGCAGACUUGUUGAUUAUCGUAUUACAUGGAGUGAAAUCAACUCCCAAAUCGGUGACAGCAAAGCACUGCAGAAUAGUAAGUAUUCUGAUUUGAAUUAUGUUACUAUACAAAUGUGA